GCAAAGAAACCCAGUUUCUUUGUGUGGAGAGGACCCAGCAGGAAAGUGGUUUUGCAAUUACUUCAGCUUGCCGGCAAAGCAGGCUGAGUUCCUCUGUUAUGUACACACUUGCACACUGGACUGUCUCACUCUGUUCUGCCUUUACAAGCACAUACAAGAGUAAGCGUGUGUUUACGGGCUGCGUCUGGACGCGCUUUGAAAGCCAACAGCAACGCAGGGCUUCUGCUGCUGAUGAUGAAAGCAGACGUCAGACCAGCCCAUGAAUAUUGAUAUGGAGGUAGUCUGUUUCAUAGACUGAACAGAAGGAAGCAAGAUGGCUGCCCUUUAGGAUUUGUUUAAGAGGAGACCUAGACGGUUUGUUGGAAUUCUACAAAGUGGAGGGACUUGAAACAAGGGCAGCCUUGUGAAUGGACCCAGAGCAGACCAGAUGGAAACAGAAAAGACCAGCAAUGAGACGGAAAAAAGUCAUAUACUUGCAAAAAUCAGUGCCACUCAGCAGACAGACUUUCUCACCAAGCACCAAAAUGGAGAUCAGUCACCCGAAGUCUUGUCUCAGCAGAAGGUCCCUGCUAACUUGCAGGGGAUAUUUGAUCAAAGUAUGUUUGGAAUGAAAGGACAGAUGAAACACGCUCUUAGUGAACAGGCACUUUUGGACUUUCACCAGACCAAAACAUUGGUGAAUGGAAACGAGAACCCAAGGAUUUGGGAUAAAAGUGAGGCAGGAAUGGAAAACCGAUUAGAGGUAUUUCCCAAACAUAACAAGGCAGGGGAUUUAACACAUGCUAAAAUAAACUGUAACUUUACAAAUGGUGAUUUAUUCUCACUGUCACGGAACAAGCAAGUUCAAAUGCCCAAUGGUGCUACAACAAGUCCUCCUUCAGUAAAGGGUACAACUGGUGACCUCUUAGAGAAAACAUUGUCUCAGUAUUACCCAGAGCAUGUGUCCAUUGCACCUCAAACCAACUCAUCUCAAGUAGAUCAGGUCACCAGCAACCUGCCUGAUCAGGCAACUUCUUCACCUUCAUUUACCUCAGGUUUUCCUAUUUCACCCCAAAUAUCUGCCUCAGAGACACUUGUCAAGGCACCUCCCGAAGUACAAAACAGCAAUGGCUAUAACCCUGAACUUGCAGUAAAUGGAUACUCCAGUUUUGCAGCUGAGCAAAAGAAGCCUGCUUAUUCUCUGUCUGAUCUCCCAGAGCUAAGUCAGAAAGAUUCAGAGUCUAAUGUGCCAUCACAGACAGUCGUCAAUGGUUCCUCACAAAUUCAAGAAGAUAGAGAAGCCCUUCCAAAUGACUCUGAGUGUGUAAACAUGUUCUCCAAAUCCAAUCAGAAUUUAAGUCAUGGAUCUUAUACAUUGCCCCCGGUGACAGCAGGUUCCCCCUCACAAACCUCUCAGACAGGUCAGUAUAACCCACAGAUUAAAGUGCCACAGAAAAAAACAACUGAUGAAAACCUCCAUGGCAAUAGAGACUUUUCCUUGCUUCAGCAACAGACUCAUGAGCCACAAGCAGUAGAGAGCAAGUUGAUUCCCCAGGCAUGUACUUCCCCUUCUCAAAAUCGAAACAAUGAUCAAGACAACAAGUCUAAAUUAGGACUAGAAAAAACACUGUCAAAGGGUACAGAUCCAUCAUCCCAGAUGGAAUGGAUAGAUUUAAACUCAACUUCUGCUUCAACACCAUCUACUGAACACUCCCAGAUGUGGGAUUUGUUCCUUCCACAGACCAACAUACAGCAACAUACAGUCCCACAGAGUCAAAGUCAAUGUAUAAAUUCCAUUCCCCCAAACAACUUUCAGUCUCACAAUUUCAGUAAUUCCAGUUUUCCCUCACAUGAAAUUGAGGCACAAGAGAACAAAAACAUGCUACCUCCUACACGGUUUCCCCAUAGUGCUGCCCCUGAAAGUCAACAGAGAAAUUCUGGUAUGCACAAUCAUAUUAACAUGCAAUUUAACAACCCGCAACAUAUGUCCCAGAAAUUAUGCAAAAAUGAUCAAGACCAGAUACUAUCCCCAAGCUUCCUUUCCCAGCUACCACCUACUGAAACUCAUCAGCAAGCCACCAGCACAUUUUCCAAUCAGCUCCCUCAGGAUAGGCAGAAUAUGCAAGCAUCUCCACUAUCACGAGAUGCUUCCCGUAGUCAAGAAGUUGAGCCACUCCUAAAAAAGCUUAAAACAGAGGACUACCUUCAUUCAGAAUUCCAGAUGUUACCUGCAUGUAUCAAAACACCAGCACAAGUUCAAAUUUCAAGUAAGGCUAUAAGAGAAAACUUUGGAUUUCAAGACUCAUCCAAGUCAAACACACCAUCCUUGUUUAAAGAAGUAGAAGCUCUAACAGAAAGGAAACUCCAGCAGAACACAGAGUGCUCACAGAACAUUAGUACAGGACAACAAAUCUACCAGCAACCUCUCCAACAUAGGAUAUACAAUCAUUCAGAAUUCUCACAGUCACUGAUUUCUCAAUCACAACAUUCACAAGCUUCUGAUGGUCUUCAGAUACCUGUUCGGACAUUGACCAAAGCUGAAUUCCAUGAGUCCUUUGCCCAAAUCCAGAGAGAGUCUCUCUCAAGCAAUGGUGCUCAAAUGGAUGUUCAGAGGCAUGCAGCUUUGCGAAUGCACCUUCUGCAGAGGCAGGAACGGCAAAGCCCCAACAACAUUAGACAAAUGAUGCCAGCCAUAAAAAGUGAAAACUGCUCAGGUUUUGAAAUCUCAGCUCAACCUAUGGAAGUGCAAAGGCAACAUGAAGACCACACCAAAGUCUUAAAGGCCGUGGUAAAACAAGAGCAUCCUCCUUCUUCAUGUGAUGAAAACCAGCAGAGAAGUAUUCUAGCUACCAUGGAGCAGCAGCUUAAACAAUACCAACUCUCACCUGUGUUUGAAAAAAAGUCUUUGGUAAUCAAGUCUCCCAAUAAGGUGAAAGUGGAGAUGGCUGGAGCUGUGACUGUGAUCUCAACCAAUGCUGAAGGGAAUGCAAAGGAACAGUGCAAACAACAACAUUUUACACCACCUAAAAAGAUUGAACCUGGCUUACAAAGCUUUCUGGAGUCACCCAUGAAGUUGCUUAAUACACCAAUAAAAAAUUUGAUGGAUACACCUCUGAAGACACAGUAUGAAAUACCUUCAUGCCAUUGUGUUGAGCAAAUUAGUGAAAGGGACGAAGGCCCAUAUUAUACUCAUUUAGGAUCAGCUUCAAAUGUUGCAGGCAUCCGCAAAAUUAUGGAAGAAAGAUCUGGAAUGACUGGAAGUGCCAUUAGAAUUGAAAAAGUUUUGUACACAGGCAAGGAGGGCAAAAGUGGGCUGGGUUGCCCGAUUGCUAAAUGGGUAAUACGGAGAGCAAAUGAAGACGAGAAAAUCCUGGUCUUGGUACGAGAGAGGGCUGGUCACUCGUGCGAGACAUCCUGUGUAGUAGUUGUCAUCCUAAUUUGGGAAGGGAUACCAACCAGCCUGGCUGAUCGUCUCUACAUGGAACUAAGUGAUACUUUAACAAAACAUGGAGCCCUGACCAACCGCAGAUGUGCUCUUAAUGAAGAGAGAACAUGUGCGUGUCAGGGUUUGGAAGCUGAUGCUUGCGGAGCUUCUUUCUCUUUUGGUUGCUCUUGGAGCAUGUACUAUAAUGGCUGCAAAUUUGCAAGGAGUAAAGUUCCUCGCAAGUUCAAAUUGCUUGCUGAUGAUCCCAAGGAGGAAGAGAAAAUUGAACAAAAUCUCCAAGGUCUUGCAACCUACAUUGCCCCAGUGUAUAAGAAAAUGGCACCUGAUGCUUAUAGUAAUCAGGUAGAGCACGAAAACAGAGCUCCCGACUGCCGGCUGGGCCUAAAAGAAGGACGGCCAUUUUCAGGAGUGACCGCCUGUCUAGACUUCUGUGCUCAUGCUCACAGAGACCUCCACAACAUGCAAGGGGGCAGUACUGUGGUCUGCACGCUAACAAGAGAGGAUAAUCGCGAGAUUGGAAAAAUUCCUGAGGAUGAGCAGCUGCAUGUGCUUCCCUUAUACAAGCCCUCAUCCACUGAUGAGUUUGGCAGUGCUGAGGCUCAGCUGGAAAAGACCAAGACUGGUGCCAUUCAGGUGCUUAGUUCCUUUCGAAGGCAGGUGCGUAUGCUACCAGAGCCUGCAAAGUCUUGCCGUCAAAGGAAACUGGAUGCCAAGAGAGCUAACAAACCAAACAACAACACACCCAACUCUAAAACGGACAACACCCAGCAAGCAAAGCAGAAACAGACUGCUUAUGAGAACCCAACAGUGACAGGACGAGGUAACAUGAGAACAAAUCUUGACUCUGGGCAUCUUCCACAAGCUCAUGCUGGCCAUCAGCCUCAGCAGCAGUUCCCGCAACAAACUCAUCCCAAUCCUUCUUACGCUUCCCCACCAUUCACUCGAUUCCCAAAUGCUUCUAAACCAUCAACCCCACAUCCUCAAACACCUUCUGUGGAUCCCUAUGCCUCUCCUUUACAUGCACCAAACUCUUACAUCAAUGCUUCUAAUGCUCCCUCACCCUAUUCAAGAUCUCUUGCACCCAGCCCUCUCUACAAUGGCUACCAAUGUAAUGGGGGGAUUCCCAUGGACAACUAUCAUCCUUACCACUCCUCCAAUCUAAAGCAUCCAGAUAUGUUUCAUCCCCAAAGAAAUCCACUUUAUUCUGAGCAGCAGUACAAUGCACCUCAACACUAUGGAGUCAACUAUCCACCACAUUAUGGAGAGGCUAUGGCAACUAAUGGUUAUGGCAACUGUAACAUGAGACCUGGAAUACACUCUAUGGGACACUAUCCAGGCUUUGAUUCUAAUAUGUCAACGAAUGCAUUCGCCAGGCCCCCUUCAGCCCAUCUACAUUUGGACUAUGCAGCUGCUGGCAAUGCAUACCCCAAACCUCACAUUUCCCAGAAUCCUCAUAUGUUUUCCCCAAAUCUGAAUACCUUAAGUAUGCAAAGUCAUAAAGAUUUAGGGAUAAGCAUGCAUGAAGCAAACGGUAUCUCUCAGGGGUUUCCUCCAUUGGGAAAGGAAUGCUUCAACUUUAACCAACCAUCAAGCUUGAAGCUUCCCAAUGAAAAUGCCCAUAACCCGGCUGUCAACCCAACACAGCUACCCCAGGUUUCAGAAAAAAAGGAGGAAGAUGUGUGGUCUGAUAGUGAGCACAACUUCCUUGAUCCUGAAAUUGGAGGAGUGGCAGUGGCACCUAGUCAUGGGUCUAUUAUUAUUGAGUGUGCUAAGCGGGAGCUUCAUGCUACCACGCCAGUCAAGAAGCCUGAUCGCAACCAUCCCACCCGUAUCUCUCUGGUGUUUUAUCAGCACAAGAACUUAAAUGAGGCAAAACACGGACUGUCUCUGUGGGAAGCAAAGAUGGCAGAGAAGGCUCGGGAAAAAGAAGAAGAUGCUGAGAAGCAUGGAGCUGAAAACACUUCCAGCAAGAGCGGAGGAAAGAAGGCGAAACGAGAACAUUCAGAACAUUCUGAACCUUCUGAGCCUCCAUAUAAGCAGUUCCUUCUCAUGCUUACCGAACGGUCAAUGUCCUGCACUACCAAUACAUACGUAAGCACAUCUCCCUAUGCCUUUACCAAGGUGACUGGGCCAUACAAUAAUUUCAUGUAGAAACAUCUGUAAGUCCAGAGUGCUCACAUAGACAAGAACAAGAGUGAGAUCAGAAAUGUGAAAUGGUGCUACAAUACAGCAGACCUCAUUGCCACUGGCCAUAUAACCCAUAAUGCUUGUUCAGUUUGUAUGAGAUUAUCGAUAGCAGUAUGACUCUGUUAUAUUGCUUGCUAUAUGGAAAAAUAGAACAUACGUGGGUUUUUAAGCUCUUAAAAGCUCUUAAUUCAAGCUUUACUGUUUGAACAAUUGGAAAUAUUUAUUUAUUAUUUAAUUACUCUCUUAUGAUAACACACUGUUCUUUAUCCAUGGUGCUUGCAGUCCGACAAAUCUGGACAUAUUACUGGAAAGAUAUAUUCAUAUUUGGUGACUUUUUUAAACUUUUCACUUUUUAUGGUGCUAGGGAGUGUUUUAAAUGCCUUUCUUAAACAACUCGCAACAAAACACCUUGUGUGAUACAUAAAAGCAUUUUUUGGGAUUGAGCAAUUUAGACAAUAUCUAGCCUACUUAGUGUUUUAAAAGCACUUUUGUAUAAUAGUGAGGGUGACAAUUUUUGCCCUCAAAUCUGAAAGACAAUUCAUUACACUGCAUUUAUUUUAGAUUCACAAUGUGAAAACAACAAUGAUGAACUGUAGACACAGUUCCACACAAUGGAUAGUUGAAUAUCGUUUAAAAGGUGCUUCAUGAGGUGCUUUCACAAUUUCACAGCUCCUUUAUACUUACUAUGUGCAUCAAGGAACACAUUACAGGGUUACCUUUACAUCAUUUUCACUGUUUCAGAGGCAGCUGGCUUGGCUUGCUCUACAUUUUUUGACAUAAAUACAACUUUAGCUGUAUUAAAAAAAGUUCAGAUUUGUACAGUAAAUUAAUUUUUUUGAAUGUAUGCUUAGAUAACAGUUUAGUAACUAAGAGUACUAUUUCUUUGGGUUUAAAUUGAUCUU